UCAGAAUUAAAAAUAAUUCAUAAAUAACAAACUCAAGAUAUCCACAAAAUGACGGACGCCGAAGCAGUUAUAAUAACUACAGAUAUGUGCGAAGAGAUGCAAAAUUACUGUAUACAUUGUGCCAAUGAGGCCCUGGAAAUCUUCAAUACCGAAAAAGACAUUGCGGUCUACAUUAAGAAUGAGUUCGACUCGAAGUACUGUCCCUCCUGGCAGUGCAUUGUGGGUCACAACUUUGGCUUGUAUGUGACACACGAGACGAGCCACUUCAUCCACUUCAAUUUGAAUGGUGCUGACGUAUUGCUCUUCAAGAGCUGUUAGGUCAUCGAACUAAAAAAAAAUACAAAAAACACAUGUGUACAUAGUACUAAGUAUUUCAUUAAUGUCAUCCAAAAAUAAAAACUCAACUUAAG